CAACACACACCGCAAGCGAUAACGGUUGCAUAGACUGCGCGCGCGCUCACCGCCGUCACUUUAAAUUCAACCGGCGAUCUUUAUUCAAUGAACUUACUCGUAUAUAAUGACUUUUAAUGUGUUCUCUAAACAAUGUUCAUGCACCAAUCUGAAGAGGCUCCCGGCCAACUGGACGAGGAGUUCAGUAGACCAGUGGAGUCUAUCAUGAGAUGCGAAGACUUCAAGAGCAACUUCGCGAGGAGGCUGUCCAACCGAUACUCUUCGAGGUCGACGGUGGUCAGCAAGAGACAGAACUCGGUGAAACUCCGUCCUCCGGGGCAAGAGGCAGUGGACGAUGCUCCAGAAAGAAUUGAGCAGUGUUCUCAACUUUCCAAAAUUAGAACUUCGGAGCAAAACGGCGAAGUAGUGAAGCCUCCUGACAAGUCGAUGAAGAAUUACAAUAUACGAGACACAGAAGUGACAGCUUUGAACAUGGCAAUUGAUACAUUGCGGUGGCAAUUAACACAGACUGAAGCGAACAGACAAAUGCACAUAGCGUUACUUAAGCAGGUAGUGACGUUCCUUAGCAGAGUCAAGGAACAUAUCGAGUGCCAGAGUCCUGAGAUAGGGCCUGCUGUGGAAGCUGUGCCCCAUAGGGAAGCAUCCCCGAGCUCCCUCAGCGUCGACUUGCCACGAUCGCGCUCCGUUUUGCACGUCAACAAACAUGAAUAUUCUUUGAACACCGGGAAAAGGUUGAGCGCAAGAAAAAUAAGUAAAUCUAUAAACAACGUGAAUGGGGUCAAAGAUAGCAACGGUGUCUGGAAUCAAUCUAAAUUAUCUUUGUCAUCGGACACGGACAGCUCCCAAAAGAUUACCGAAGAAAUAUCUAGACUGAUCACUCUUGCCAAUACUGUACUCAGUACCAAAAUACCUGAUCUCUCGUGUAAUUGCAGCGAUAGUAAUGAUGUUUCAAAAAAUGAUAGUAUUCCCAACGAUGAUACUAUUGAACAUAACGAAUCAAAUUCAACUUUAAGUCUUAUAGAUGAGGACACAACCAACGCUUUUAUACUCAACACGAUUUACGACAGCGAAGAUGCUUUUAAUGGUCUUGCAAAUAAAUAUGCAGAUGUUAAAGAUGAACUAACGGACUUUAUAGUGUCCUCUUCUCCAUUGUCUUGCAGUCUCGAGAAUGACUUUGCUGGUAUUAAUAUUAAUCAAAAAGACGAAAUUAAAACCACUGAAUCUAAAACAAGACCUAUGAAUAAAAGGAACGAGUACAGUCACGUUGCAAAUUUUAUUGAAGAUGAAAGUGGAUUUUCGUCAAUGAGUUCGUUCCAGGAGAUAGGUAUACCUAUAAUAAGUAUUAUACCACCGUCACCUUGUAAAGAAGUAGGCUACAUCGAGGAGCUCACCAACAUUUUGGAUGGAACUGAAAAGUGGAAGAGCGAAGCUGUAGACCUUGAUAAACAAUCUGUCAAAGUAUUUUGGGUUUAAUAUAUUUGCCAAUGUACAAAAUCGUGCCUGAUUACGUAAUAAUGACAGUUAAAUUAUUAUUUGUAACGAGUGCGCAAAUGACUUAACAUAGAUUUCACAUAACGAUUGUGUAUUUCUCUUGAAUUCUAGAAAUGUAUAAUAUCGCCGUG